AUGGACAUGGCAAGAGGUGCAGUGUGCUGUGCCAUAGCUAUUAUUGCCAUCAUGGCAGUGGUCACCAAAUUUGCAAGAACUAGACCUAUGUACACUAGAAGACCUCCACCGGUCGUCAAUGGCAUUGCAAUCCUGAAACUUCUGCCUAAGCUUUUCACAAAAGAUCUACCAGCUAUAAUGUGUGAUCUACAUGAAAAGUAUGGUAGUGUUUUCACAAUAAGUUUGUUUGGACCAAAGGUAACUGUCCUGAUUGGACCAGAGGUCUUAACACAUUUUUUUCAAGGGCCGGAGUUGGAGAUUAGCCGUGGAAAUACAUUUGAUUUUACUGUACCUAUGUUUGGCCAAGGUGUUCUCUAUGGCACAGAUGCUGCCACUAGAAAUGAGCAGAUCCGUUUCUUUAUAGAAGCAUUAAAGCCAUCCAAAUUGAGGAGCCAUGUUGAUCCCAUGCUCCAAGAAGUGGAGGAUUACUUUUCAAAAUGGGGAGACGAGGGCAUAGUUGAUCUUAAACAAGAAUUUCAGAAGAUUCUAAUGUUUAUCGCCAGUCGAUGCCUACUAGGGAAAGAGGUUCGAGAGAAGAUGUUUGAUGAGGUCUAUGCAUUGUGGAAAGAUAUUAAGAAUGCCGUGAACUUGUUCAGUGCCUUGUUCCCAUAUGUCCCAGUUCCAGUAAACAAGCGACGUGACAGGGCACGUGUGGAGCUCACUAAAAUAUUGUCCGCAACUGCUAGGUCACGUAAGAGCUCCAACCAAGUCGAGGAGGAUACUCUGCAAAAAUUGGUUGAUUCCACGUACAAGGAUGGUCGCCCCACCUCAGAAGAAGAGGUUACUGGCUUGAUCAUUGCCUUGCUUUUUGCUGGAGAAAGCACCAGUUCUGGAACUAGCACAUGGAUUGGAGCUUGCCUUCUAAGCAAUGUGAAGUGGUUGACUGCUGCCACCGAGGAGCAAAGGCAUAUCAUUAGGAAAUACAAGGGCCGAAUAGACUACAGUGUCUUGCUAGAGAUGGAUACCCUACAUAACUGUAUCAAGGAGACCUUACGGAUGCACUCUGCAGCACAAGUGUUAAUGAGGAAGGCACACAAGCAAUUCAGCGUGCAUACGAAAGAAGGAAAAGAGUAUGAAAUUCCAGCCCGGCGUACAAUUUUAAGUCCCAUAAUGAUUAACAGCAACAUUCCUAGCAUCUUCAAGGACCCUCAUGUCUAUGAUCCAGAUAGGUUUGGUCCUAACAGACAGGAGGAUAAGGUUUGUGGCAAGUUCUCUUACACUUCGUUUGGAUGUGGAAGGUUCGCUUGUAUUGGUGAGUCUUUUGCCUACCUGCAAAUGAAAGUCAUUUGGAGUCAUUUGCUAAGGAACUUUGAGCUCAAACUUAUAUCUCCUUUCCCCAAGACUGACUGGAGCAAGCUUUCAGUGGAGCCUAAAGGGAAAGUGAUGGUUAGUUACAAGAGGCGUGGCUACCUAGCUCCUAAUUUGUAA